GCUCCUGAUCAUUGCCUUUGCUUCCCUCUGCAGGACAAGGCAACCUUUCGUCCCGGCCAGUCCUCCUCGUCAGAUUCCCCUCCCUCCGUCUCUCUCCUGCCCAUCGAAGACCGGCUGCAUCUUUUACCCGUCUCACCUGCCCCCUUUUCUCCAUCCCCUCUACGUCUUCUCCCCAUGUCUCCUGCCCCUUUCUCUUCUGCCCCCAUGCAAACUCUCCCUAUAUCUCCUGCCUUUCCAAAUCCUUUCCCCAUGUCUCCUACUCCCUUUCCUCCUGGCCCUACAAGUCCUCGCCGGGUGUCUUCCACGCUAAUCCGUCCUGACCGUCCUGCCUCCCUGCCCCGAAGGCGGAAGCACGAGGAAGACAAGACCCCCUCCUUCCAUCGCCCCCAGAAGAUCCAGCCCAGGGACAGCGCAUCUCGCAAGAGGAAAGCCACGGGGCAACCAGUGGCUCCAUCAUCCUUCCCCUUUGGCAGGUCAAACCAAGCACCCUCGGCUCCUCCAGGAGCUGUGCCAGCCUCCGGAGAGGAGCCGAUGGACUGCACACCAGCGCCGGACAAAAUCAGACGUGUCUAGAUGCAGGUCAAGAAGGCAAGGGCUUUGGAGGGCUGCUCCCCAUC